AUGCCCACUGAAGCGCAAAUAGCCGGCGGUCACAAGGCCAACUUGAACAACCCUAACACCAGUCAGGAGUCUAAGGAACAUUCCAAGCAAGUCCUCGACAACGAGUUCAACGGUGGGGAUGUACCCAAGUCUGGGAAUGGCGGUGAUGAUGGUAACAAGAACCCUGGGAAUGUCGCCGGUGGUUUAAAGGCAGCAAUUAACAACCCCAAGGUCUCCGAUGAAGCUAAGCAGAGCGCGAAGGACCGCCUCAAUGAUAUGUAA